GCCUUAUUGCCAACAAAGGCGUCUUGGGAUGCGCUUCCAUUGUCUCGGAGGGAAUCAUCACCUUUUCUCAAUGAAAUCCGCCGCGGAUUGUCUGCGUGCAACAGGAGGUAAGGAUUAAAGAUGCGGCCCUUGGAACAAAUGGUGAGGCAAACUAGCCAGUACCGGCCGGAGGCGGGGCCGAGCGACACCCACAAUUAAAGAUGAACUUUGUGUGAACUAAUUUAUCUGAGGGAGGAGAAGGUAACAGGCUGUCCGCGGUCCCUGGCAGCCUAUAAAAACGCUGGAUGAGCAGCCCGGAGCUUCAGUAGCUGGCAGAGCUUCACCUGAACGGAGCCACCACUCUGACAAGACGCUGCAACAUGGCUCUGAGCACACUGCUGGCCACCUUCCUGUGCACCAUCGUGCUUCCCAUCCUGCUGUUUCUAGUGGCGGUGAAGCUGUGGGAAGUUUACAUGAUCCGAGGCAGAGACCCGAGCUGCCCCAGACCGCUGCCCCCGGGAUCCAUGGGCUUACCUUUCAUUGGAGAGACGCUGCAGCUCAUCCUGCAGAGAAGGAAGUUUCUGCGGAUGAAGCGACAGAAGUACGGCUACAUCUACCGCACACACCUCUUCGGGAACCCCACGGUGCGCGUGACCGGAGCGGAUAACGUCAGGCAGAUUCUGUUGGGGGAACACAGGCUCGUGUCCGUGCAGUGGCCCGCGUCUGUGCGCACCAUCCUGGGCUCCGACACUUUGUCAAAUGUGCACGGGGCGCAGCACAAGACCAAGAAAAAGGCCAUCAUGCGGGCUUUCUCCAGGGAGGCUCUGGAGCUCUACAUCCCCGUCAUCCAGGAGGAGGUGCGGGCUGCGGUGAAGGAAUGGCUGGAGAGGGAUUCCUGUGUGCUGGUCUACCUGGAGAUGAAGCGGCUGAUGUUCCGUAUUGCCAUGAGGAUCCUUCUGGGCUUCGAGCCGGAGCAGAUUAGGACAGACGAGCAGCAGUUGGUGGAAGCUUUCGAAGAAAUGAUCAAGAAUCUGUUCUCUCUGCCGAUCGACGUGCCUUUCAGCGGAUUGUACAGGGGUUUGAAGGCGAGGAACUUCAUCCACUCCAAGAUAGAAGAGAACAUCAAGAAGAAGGUACAGGAGUCAGACAAGGAGUCCAAACACAGAGACGCCCUGCAGCAGCUCAUAGACAGCAGCAAGAAGAAUGGGGAACCGUUCAGCAUGCAGGCCAUUAAGGAGUCUGCUACAGAACUGUUGUUUGGGGGCCAUGAAACCACAGCCAGCACAGCCACCUCUCUGGUCAUGUUCCUGGGCCUGAACCCUGAAGUUGUGGGUAGACUGAGGCAGGAACUGAUGGACAAGGAGGAGCAGGGGAUGGACAUCCAGAGUCUUAACAUCGAGUCCUUGGAGCAGUUGAAAUACACUGGUUGUGUCAUUAAAGAAACACUAAGGAUCAACCCUCCUGUCCCCGGAGGCUUCAGAGUGGCCCUCAAGACCUUUGAGCUUAAUGGUUACCAAAUUCCCAAAGGCUGGAAUGUCAUCUACAGCAUCUGUGACACGCAUGACGUGGCCGAUAUCUUCCCCAACAAAGAAGACUUCCAGCCCGAGCGCUUCAUGACCAAACCCUUGACCGACUCCUCCAGGUUCCAGUACAUCCCGUUUGGAGGGGGCUCCAGGAUGUGUGUGGGGAAGGAGUUUGCCAAGGUCCUGCUGAAGAUCUUCCUGGUGGAAGUGGUCACAAAGUGUCACUGGACUCUUUUAAACGGGCCACCCACCAUGAAAACAGGACCUACUGUCUAUCCUGUCGACAAUUUGCCAACCAAGUUUACCAGCUAUGUACAAAAUUAAACUGUUAUAAUGAGGGCUUGUUUCCUAAAAGCAGAGUAGUGUUAAAUAUGAGGUUUCCCAAAAGUCUCAAAUCAUCUGUGUUUUACCUCCUGAUCUACAGGGAAACUAUGAUCAGGGUACUUGGGGAGUUAUUGGAAGCACUAAGGAGCUCUUAGGAAACAGAUCAAAAACUGCAUUUACACAUGAUUCACACAGAUCUGUUCUUCUGGGCUUGUGUCAAUGUGGUGUUUUAGAAAUGGCAUGAAAUGUACAUAUUGUAGAUACUGUAGAUGAUUUGAGAAUGUAUUUUACAUUUUAUCUUAUGUUAAUACAUUGGAUUUGUAUAUAUCUUUUUUUGAAGAUGAGAAACUAAACGAGAGGCACUAUACACAGACAUGGAACACUUUAAUCAGCUCAGAGGUGUAUCUAUAGGAUCAUGUACAUAUGUAAUGUAGAGUCUGUUUAUAUAACUUUUGUAUCUUACCCCAAUUUAUUUAAGUGAUUUAUGUUAUAUUGUAUGGGCUUUUUAUUUAAUAAACAGUUUUGUGUAGAA